CAGGUAACAUUUUGGAGUUUCCCACGACCCUGGAAUGACAAGCUAUUGAUUGGUAUUUCAUCGCUGCGGACGGGAGGUUGACAACUUCCUAUAUCUUCAAAAUGGAAUAUUCAGCGUUGCCUAAUACAUUCUCUAUCUUCAUUCUUCGCUUAUACUUUUAAUCAUACCGGGUGUAUUGCUGGCAGCGCUCUCAACAGCGAUUGAUCUGCUCGUGAUCCUCCCUCUUUUCUCAUCUUCAAGAUGUGGGCUUCUAUGCGCCAGCUGGUUUUGGCUUCAUUGACGGCAUUGCCCCUAACAACAAUAGCGGCAUCAUCUUCUAUCUUCGUCUCGCCCCAAAAGGACCUAGCUUUCGCCAUUAAUGUGCCCGACGAUGCAUCAUCCUCAGACUUGUUCUUCUCCCUAGUCUUCCCAGUGCAUUCCUCAUGGGUCGCUGUAGGACUGGGAGCAGACGCCAUGGAUGGAAACCCACUGGUAUUGAUGGGAUAUCCGUCGAAAUCAGGCACCAACGUAACACUAUCCCCUCGUCGGUGUUCGGGCCAAAACGAGCCUGUCUACGACUCCGGCAUCGACGUAAGAGCGCUGCCGGGGACAGGGUUAUUCAAUGACACGACCUUUAUCUUCAACGGCGUCUGCGGAAACUGCCGCUCAUGGUCGCGCGAUGGGAGUAUUGAUGUCUCGAGCACCGCGCAGCGGAUGAUGUAUGCCACGGGUCCUAUCGACGACACGCAGAGCGAUGACCCGAGAAAAUCGGUCAAGUUUCAUUCGAGCUACGGUUCGUUUACGAUGGAUCUGGUCCGUGCUACAGGCGAAGCCGGUGUCCCUGAGAUUCCUGCCAACGAGAACGUCACGUCUGUUGGCGCAGUUCUGCUCUCGGCGGAGACAGGGCAGGUGGAUAAGAAGGCUAUCAUCCACGCUGUAUUCAUGAUACUUGCGUUCGUGGGGAUAUGGCCAUUUGGCAUAUUGGUGCUGCGAGUCGGUGGUUCGCCUCGGUGGCACGCCAUCAAUCAAGUCGUGGCAUUCGGAUUUGUCCUUGUCGGGGCCAUUCUCGGGUUCACCGUCAGCGUAUCUUAUAAUAGGAGUAAGAAAUUCAACGACCCGCACCAGAUCAUCGGCAUCUUGGUCUUCAUUUUCAGUAUCUCUCAGCUCGUUCUGGGAUUCUUACACCAUCGCGCAUACAAGAAGACGCAGCAGACCACCAAGAUGGCACCAAUUCACGUGUGGCUCGGGCGCUUCGUCAUACUACUCGGCAUCGUGAACGGUUUUACUGGCUUCCCGCUCGCGUUGUCACCGAAUUACAAUUUCGCCCUCCUUGGGGUUGUUUUAUUUGUGCUGCUGUUUUUCCUGCUUACUCUGGUUGCUGGGAAGAUCUUCAGGAAGCUCUUGAAGAAGGCAAAACAGACCGACUUCGACUCUACCAAUGGGUAUGAAAUGGACCCUUGGGGUCGCGGCGCUGAACCGGGAAUCCAGCCCCCGGCUGGCCAUAUGGUAGGGAAUCCACGAACGCCUACCCGCAUGGGUGCUCCCCCGCAAGGAGCUAGACAAUUUGUAUAAGCAUUAUAUAUCACAUGUUUUUAUUGGGCUUUUUAUGUUUGUGGAGUUAGGAUAUUUGAGUAGGGUGUCGAAUGGUGUUCAAGCGUGGGUUGCAUUACUGGCGAGGGUGAACAUGCGGGAAUGAUAUUUCAAGUAACGUUGUCAAUCGAGGGAUCAUCCAUCCAUCCGCGAUCCGGCUCUCUACAAUGAUGCGGCAGGCAGCUGAAGUACCGUAUCUUUCUUGUCGCGAUGCAGCUAUGCACGAUAUUCAGGCAAAAUGAGCGGCGGUCGGGGUAACACGUAGCUGAUGGUGAUCUCGCCCUAUCGUGCCUGUCGAUCGGACAGUAUAUGUGAGCGCAAGGACAAAGAUGAUUUCCACUUGCCCAUUCCCACAUCAUAAGAGUUCCUUAUAACUAGAGAACUUAUCUCUUUUUAUGAAGACUGAGCUCUGUAUAUUCUAUGUCUCAAGUGGGGUGAGUUAUGGUCACAGAUGUCCCGAUACAUCGUCGUAGUAUCACUUAGGCUAUAUGUUCCCGAGUAAGGCUUUCAGAAUCGCGCUCAGGGUAUCAAUUCCGGAAGCAACCUCACGAGUCGCCAACGGCAAUGGCAGUGGUGUAGAGAGAACCCAGGUAAAACUUGCGCAGCUGUGCCACAUCAUACAGGUAGUAACCGCAUCACUGUAUUAGCUCAGAACCGGAGUAUAUAUCAC